AGAAGAACGUCGCAGGGUGUCACCCACCCUUGGCGCGGAAGCCCCAGCUCUUAUCAGCUUGAACUUUCUGCCCCGGUGAACGACAGUUUGAAAAUCUCUUGACUAGAAAAUGAGCGAGACCGGAUCGGAUAGUGACGACAGUGAAAAUGAGGGUGGUCUCGGAAAUGUGAGCCGCGUUGUUAUGAGGCCAGCCGGACAUUCUGGAAAGGCCAAACGAGGACACAUUUGCUUCGACGCUUCAUUUGAAACAGGAAAUCUUGGGCGAGUGGAUUUAAUUUCUGAAUACGAAUAUGAUCUCUUCAUUCGGCCCGACACCUGCAACCCCCGUCUUCGGCUUUGGUUCAACUUCACCGUGGAUAAUGUGCGGGCAGACCAGAGAGUUAUUUUCAACAUUGUCAAUCUGAGCAAGCCCAACAACCUGUUCAGAGAAGGCAUGACUCCAAUUGUCAGAUCAACUAGUCGGCCAAAAUGGCAGCGAAUGUCGAGCAAACACGUGUAUUACUACCGAUCUCCUGAGCAUCACAACCACUUCAUACUUUCGUUUGCGUUUGGCUUUGACCGCGAAGAGGACGUUUACCAGUUCGCCCUGAGCUUUCCGUACUCAUACUCGCGAUGUCAGGCGCACGCGGACGCGCUUGAGAGGCGCAAUUUCAAUUUCUUGCGCCGCCAGCAAAUUGCCACCAGCCUUCAACAACGUAGUAUUGAUAUGCUGACGAUCACGCACACCCAGAAUUUGCAGGCAGGUCGGAAGCAGCGCGUGGUUUUCAUCCUCAGCAGAGUUCACCCUGGCGAGUCACCAACCUCGUUUGUUUGUCAAGGCUUGAUUGACUUUUUGAUAAGUAGUCAUCCGAUCGCCCUCGCAUUACGGGAAUACGUCGUUUUUCAUGUGGUGCCCAUGCUGAACCCUGAUGGCGUUUAUCUUGGCAACUACAGAUCGAGCGUGAUGGGAUGUGACCUGAACAGAACUUGGCACCAAAGCUCUCCCUGGUCUCAUCCCGCUCUGCACACCCUUCUGCAGAUGUUGCAGGAGCUUGACAACGACAAGAACGUCAACUUAGAUUUUGUCAUUGAUCUGCACGCGCACUCCAGCCUACUCGGUGCUUUUAUUUAUGGAAACACCUAUGAGGACGUGUACAGAUAUGAGCGGCACAUUGUUUAUCAAAAGCUGCUUGCUCAGAACGCUGAGGAUUUCUGUCAGGCCAAUACGAUGUACAAUCGGGAUUCUAGCAAGGCCGGAACAGCACGAAGGUACAUCUGUUCUCUGCUAAAGGAUUCUGUGAAUUGCUACACUUUAGAAGUCUCACUUUACGGCUACCAACGCUCAAAUGACCAAGGAAUUGUGCCGUAUAAUGAAGAUGCCUAUUUGCGCCUUGGUCGGAACGUGGCGCGCACCUUUUGCGACUACUACCGCGCCAUCGGGGUCAUGCAAACCAGUUGCCAUCUGCCGACGGCCGGUCCGUCGACGUUGACGGCCCAUCCGAGAAAAACGGCGGCGGCUCCGUCGUGCGCCUCAACCUCAAGCACGGAGCACGUGGCCGCCACUGUGACCAGCACGGACGACGACUUGGACGAGACGGCGUCAAAAAUGAUUGUGCGCGCCUCCAAGGCGCCGCUGCAGAACGUGCUGCAACUUCCGUCCAGCGUCAACAACGCGCAUCUCAAUCCGUUUCCAUGUCGCCUGACAAACCUCCGACGGAGCAGAGUGGCCGCAUCAGUUCCGGAGGCGGCCGUCAUCCGGACGCCGCAGCGAAGUCGCAGUCCGUGCCUCACCAUCAUCGACUUCAACCAACUCACCAGGGGCGGACUGGAUGUGGCCACCGGGAAGGUGGCCCGAAGGGAGGCCAAGAUGAGUGGGGUUGUCCGAAUGGCGAGCACUUCUUUGUCUCGGAAAGGUUCAAGGAGUUUGAGGAAAAGUAGGAGCAAGGUUCAAAAAGGGAACACUUUCCCAUGAAAGUAAUAU